AAGAAAAUGAUAACGUGUGCACAGACCACACCGAAAUAUUAAAAAAUUUAAUAUUAUCAUCAUCUCUUCAUACUCUUUAGUUGUAAUCUCUCCGGUAUUCACACUUUUCAAUUUACACACUCGACACGCCGAAAAGUUGUUAUUAUUUUUUUAAAGAUUCUGUUGCACGCUAUCGAAUUGUAUUCGAAAAAUGCCCAGCUAUGAGUUAUGUUUGCUGUUCAAAGUCUUGCCAAGGCCUGAAAUAGCGCAAUGUCUAAAACGAACAGCCAGUAAAAUCUUUGAAUCUGGUGGAUUUAUACGGCGUAUAGACAACCUAGGAACUGCAGAUACACCUUGGAGAAUAAGUUCACAUGACGCAAUACACAAACAGGCUAGCUAUUUUAUUGUUGAGUUUGAUGCACCUAGUUCAUCUUUAGAUCCAUUCAAUAACUAUUUAGCAAGAGACAUUGACGUAAUCAAACGAACAAUAUAUAAAGUUCCUGAAAAUACACCUCAACCAGCUUGUACACUCCACGAAGAGCUCAAACCACCAGCAUACAGGUCUGAGGUCAAAGAAAUGAUUGCAAUUGGCAAACGUAAACGUGAGAAAGAAGCAAGGAAGAAAGUGCAAUUUAACACUGGUUUAGAUUACAUGCCAUUUCAAAGAUAAAAUGAUGUUAACCGUUAACUUAAUUAAUAUUGUAAAUAUAGAGAUAUUUUAGUAGUUAUAUUAAAUAAUAUUAAAUCAAUACAAUUUGUGUACAUUUGAA